ACAACUGGGAACUCGGGGAGUGGCGAAUAAACGAAGUCAAAUUAUGACGUCGGUGAUCUUCAAGUCGGAAAAAGUCGAAGCUCUAGAAAAGAUCCCCGAGCUUCCGAGUUGGAUGACAGUUCAAAUCGAUUUUUUUUUUCUCCCAGUCGGAGAAAGUUUUCUUGAACGCACUGAAGUCGGAAGUCUGAGAUUUCCAAAUUCCUAGUUGUUAUGAACGCGGCAUUAGUCUUGUCUAGGGGCUGGGUUUCUGUAUUUUAUCUAAAGAAAAAAUCCGUUGAACGCAAAUAUGGAGAGAUAAAGACAUUGAAAAGAAACGGAAGAAGUAUGCCUAUAUUACCAUAAGAUUUUUAAAAUGGCAAUACGGGAACUAAAAGUGUGUCUUCUUGGGGAUACUGGAGUGGGCAAGUCUAGUAUUGUAUGUCGUUUUGUACAAGACCAUUUCGACCACAACAUUAGUCCAACUAUAGGGGCAUCGUUUUUAACCAAGACGGUCCCGUGUGGACACGAACUACACAAGUUCCUCAUCUGGGACACAGCGGGACAGGAAAGGUUCCACUCGCUGGCCCCCAUGUACUACCGAGGCUCUGCCGCAGCUGUCAUUGUCUAUGACAUCACCAAACUGGACUCUUUCCAGACACUGAAGAAAUGGGUGAAGGAGCUGAAAGAACAUGGUCCGGAGGACAUCGUUGUGGCCAUCGCAGGGAAUAAAAACGACUUGGGGGACAUCCGGGAAGUUCCUAUGAAAGAAGCUAAGGACUUUGCUGAGUCCAUCGCAGCUAUUUUCAUGGAGACCAGCGCCAGAAACGCUGUCAAUGUGGAGGAGCUCUUUCAGAAGAUCAGUAAACAGAUUCCGCCCCUGGAGAAUCCAGACUUAGACAGUAACGAGUCCUUCAAGAUAAUCCGGCAGCCUCCUCCCUCUAACAAACGCUGCUGCUAGUAAGACCCCUUUCUGAGUCCCGAAUAGACCCCUACCAUCCUACCCCCUACCCCCUACCACCCUACGCCCUAGGUAUUUCAUGUUGAUCUCAAGGGGAUUGGACUGGUGUAGUAAUGGUCGAAUAUGUUGGUAACUCUACCUGUCUUAUCUCAAGGAAAGGUGGCGAUAUUAUCGUGUUAACCACAUUGUUUACACCUAUCCUAUAUUUUCAGAUCGCUAGGAAGUUGCUAGGCCCUAGGGGGUAAGGGGCAAUGGGGUCGGUUUGGAAUUCAGCAUCCGAUUGCCAGUGAGAUUAUCACAGUCUUUGUUUCCAUGGAUCAGGUCUACACAUCCAUCCAUUGUUUCCAUUCCAAACACAGUUCCAUGGAUCAGGUCUACACAUCCAUGCAUUGUUUCCAUUCCAAACACAGUUCCAUGGAUCAGGUCUACACAUCCAUCCAUUGUUUCCAUUCCAAACACAGUUCCAUGGAUCAGGUCUACACAUCCAUGCAUCUUGACACACGGGUCACAAUGUAGCGUUGGUGUACGCAACAGCCUGUAUAGUUCAGCAUCCGAUUGCCCCUUUCAAUGUAGCGUUGGUGUACGCAACAGCCUGUAUAGUUCAGCAUACGAUUGCCCCUUUCAAUGUAGCGUUGGUGUACGCAACAGCCUGUAUAGUUCAGCAUCCGAUUGCCCCUUUCGAUGUAGCGUUGGUGUACGCAACAGCCUGUAUAGUUCAGCAUCCGAUUGCCCCUUUCGACAGUCCACAAUGCAUAUACAGUACAUGGGUCUCACGGAGAGAGGACAACAUAGCUUUGGUUUUGUGGUCGAUCAGAACCUCUCUCCCCUAUAGGGAACAGAGUGUCCCAAGUCCAGAAACCGCCCCUAUAACCCAUAUAAAGCCAUAUUCUACCUAUUCUACCUACCAGAUAUAUCCAGAAUGCAUCACAACCGAGCCGCGAUUGGGAGUCCCACAGGGCGGGGCACAAUUGGCCCAGCGUCGUCCGGGUUUGGCCCGGUGUUAGGCCCGUCAUUGUAAAUAAGAAUUUUGUUUUCUUAACUGACUUGCCUAGGUAAAUAAAGGUUACAUUUCAAAUAUACUCCUGUGCCUUGGUACGGUGUGCUGUAGGUGUCAUUUCUGGAUAUAGAGAGGAACCAGUGUUUUUUCUUUAGAUGUAAAACAUGUUAAUAAAAUGAAGGAAUAGUAUAUGGUACAUAGUGGGCUAUGUUUUUAGUUCAUAUACAGCAGCACAGAACAAACACACAAUUUCAUCCUUUUAGAAAUAGAAUUUAAAAAAUAAGAAAAUCUAAAUUUUAAAUUGAGAAUAUAUAUAUUUUUUUCAUUUAACCUUUAUUUAACUAGGCAAGUCAGUUAAGUAAAAAAAAAUAUUAUGUACAAUGACGGCCUACCGGGAAAUUCAAAAAUAGGUUAAUUAAAAUAACCUGUGACUUGAGAGUACUUUCUGAAUACGAUUCUGAUAUUCGAUAUAGAGCUUAUGAAUUCUCAUUCCCGAACAACAGAUGUGUUGAUCCAUUGAUUGUAUUGAUUAACCGUUGUUCCAGUAUUACAAUGAUAGAAGUUAAUAUCCAUUUAUUGCAUGAAUUUGGUCUCGCCGACUGUCGUUGUCUUCCCCCCCUCCCCCAUUGAACGCUUGUAAAUUCAGGAGAGAGAGAAAAAAAAGAAAAGUCCCUUUUUCAGGACCCUGUCUUUCAAAGAUAAUUCGUAAAAA